AUUCUACUGUCUCAUACUUUGCAACCUCACCAAGUUUUUGUUGAACCGAAGCCUGAAGCCGCGGGGAAAUGUCAGUACCGGUAACCGCACAGGCAGCUCUAUCAUGUUUCCCGUGGAGAAGGAUCGACGCCGGUUCGGCUAUGAUCGUCGUUGCAAAUCCCUGUCACUCCACUCUUAGCAGCAGUGGAAGAGCUGUCGCCUUCAUUAGUCGUAUCCCCUGCUACCCAAUUCUUGCUCGGUCGUUCAAAAUCGGUUCUUCUUCGACAUCUUCUUCGCCUUUUGAGCUCUCGCCUCCUCCAAUCGAUCAUGACCUUCUUGAGGAGAUUACAGGGGAUGGGGCAACGGUUUCAGAAGCUGGGAUUAUUGAGACAUUUGGCAAUGACGAUGAAGCCUUGGAUGCCUUUGACAAUGGGGUAGUGGUUUCAGAUCUCUCACACUUUGGACGGAUAAGAGUCAGUGGAGAUGAUAGAAUUCAGUUUCUCCACAACCAAAGUACAGCGAAUUUUGAAUGUCUUCAACAAGGACAGGGAUGUGAUACAGUUUUUGUUACACCAACAGCUCGGACGAUUGAUAUUUCACAUGCCUGGAACAUGAAAAACUCAGUUUUGUUAAUGGUCUCUCCCCAGACUUGUAGCAGCAUAACUCAGAUGUUCAAUAAGUACAUAUUUUUUGCUGACAAGGUGGAAGUUGAAGACAUCACCAAGAAAACUAGCUUAUUUAUUUUAGCAGGGCCACAAAGCAACCAGGUAAUCGAGAGUCUAAAUGUUGGCAAUCUCGUCGGCCAACCUUAUGGCACACAUCACCAUUACACUGUAAAUGGGAUGCCUCUAACCAUUGGGGUAGGAAGUAUAAUAUCCGAAGAAGGUUACACACUGUUAAUGUCCCCUGCUGCUGCUGGGACUGUCUGGAAGUCCCUCUUAUCGCAAGGUGCCCUUCCAAUGGGUUCUAAUGCCUGGGAAAGGCUAAGGGUUGUUCAAGGAAGACCAGCCCCUGGUAUGGAGCUCACAGAUGAAUUCAACGUUUUGGAGGCUGGUCUCUGGAAUUCCAUUUCUCUAAACAAGGGUUGUUAUAAGGGACAAGAAACCGUUUCUCGACUCAUAACGUAUGAUGGAGUGAAGCAGACGCUAUGGGGGAUUCACCUGUCAGCCGCAGCUGAACCUGGAACCCUCAUCACAGUCGAUGGUAAAAAGGUGGGAAAGCUGACGAGCUAUACAUAUGGAAGAGAAGGAUCCAACAAGCAUUAUGGAUUAGGAUACAUCAGAAGGCAAGCGGCUUCCCAGGGGAAGACGGUUGCCAUUGGGGACGACAUUGUUGGAACCUUGGUCGAAGCUCCUUUCCUCUCUCGCCAAUCACCUCCACCAAUCCCAUCAAAGAGCUCCAGCUAGCUCCUCGAAAUCUGGCUGAAGCAACUGGUCACACAAAAAUGUGUUCCAGAAGGAAAAACUGCAUGUCCUAGUUUCAGACUCUUUAAUGUUGUAACAUUAAUAUAAGAACUGUGAUGCUUACAUAUGUCUGAGUUGGCUGGUGAAUUUUACCAAGGAAUAUAAGAAUUAUGAUGGCAAGCAAUAGGUGGGUUAAUGCUGGUGGCCACUGGCCAGGGAUUUUUUGUAGGGAAAACUCAAGACCUCCCGCUUACUAAACGGGUGCUCUAACCAACUGAGCUACGAGAGCUUGUUUGAUAAAUUUUGUUCUUGU